CAGUCGAAUUAGCCUGACACUCGGCCCCGAGGUUCAGAUGGCAAUUGUUAGCACAGUGUGGCACUGUUGUAGUGCCACCAGGUGUCGUUGGUAGGACUUUUGAUCGGAUUUUGUUACAUUAAAGCACCUUAAGUGACUCACACUUUCAAUUGGAAAAUAUACACAUGUGCAGUAUUUAUUUUUUUGUUAAUAUUGGAUUGUGAUGUAUAUAUAUUGCAUUAUUUUCGGUCCGAGCGUAACUGCGUACUCCGAGCAUGGUGGUACAAGCAGAGCUGUCUUAACGAGGAGUUAUGUUCGUGGAGUUGAGAGCUGGCAUUAUCAAGAGUGGGUGCAGUUGUCCUUCCUGGGGGAGCCCUGGCCGCCGCCCGCGCCUCCACUCUCCCGCCACACGCUGCCAGUCAAUCGCCACACUACCUCGCGCCCUCACCCACACUGCUGACACCACGGCACAAACCCACACUGGUAACACCACGGCACAAACCCUCACUGCCGACACCAUCAUAAUAAGGCAGAUACACUCACGUUGUUGUGGUCGGUUACUCUACCUUACACCCCGUCCUCCCUCGACACUGUCUCUGCAAGUCGCCAAUCAUUGACUUACACCCUCACACUCCGUUUUUCCAUCAGUCACACUUGCACCAUUGCUCUUACACUUGGCACCACCACCAGUAACCACCUACACUCACACCAGCCAAUAAGGCGUCGUGGCCUACAACAAUGUAAACAACAAAACAGUUUGCGUGAUAAACAGGUCCGAGGUGUCAUAAUUAGAAAAAAAAUGAAUAGUUGUGAUUUGUGAAACGAUCGAAUGUACAAAGAAAAUGUUUAUAACAGCCUUCUAUGGGAGGAUAUAAUCCCAGUCUAUGAGAUAUGUAACAAGACAAGAAGGAAGGCAAGGAAUCAUAACUCACAAAGCCUACGGCUUAUCUUGAGGUUAUCUUGAGAAACAAGACAAGAAAUGGAAGCGACAUUCAUAGGGGAACGCUUUUACAGCUGUCUCGUGGAUAAUUAAACCAGACGAUGUAAUACAGUUGGAGUGAGAUAUAAUAGCGUUCGGACGCCUUGGAUUGUGAGAGAAGAAAGCCCUUGUGGUCUUGUAAUUGUCCUUUAUUCUCUGGAGUUGGGAAGUGGAGGAAAGUGACGCAAACGAGGCAGCAUCCAAGAGAUACAUCUCGUCCACCGGAACCUGCGGCUCAGAGGCUCCCAUCACCAUGGCAACACAGCAUCUCCUGGUCGCUGUAAUGAUGCUUGUUGGUUCCGCUUGCGGCACUCCUGAGGCGGCGCCACCCUCCCCUGCGUCGGCGCCACCCUCCCCUGCGUCGGCGCCACCCUCCCCUGCGUCGGCGCCACUCUCCCCUGCGUCGGCGCCACCCUCCCCUGCGUCGGCGCCACCCUCCCCUGCGUCGGCGCCACUCUCCCCUGCGUCGGCGCCACCCUCUCCUGCGUCGGCGCCACCCUCUCCUGCGUCGGCGCCACUCUCCCCUGCGUCGGCGCCACCCUCCCCUGCGUCGGCGCCACCCUCUCCUGCGUCGGCGCCACUCUCCCCUGCGUCGGCGCCACCCUCCCCUGCGUCGGCGCCACCCUUCCCUGCGUCGGCGCCACCCUCUCCUGCGUCGGCGCCACCCUCUCCUGCGUCGGCGCCACUCUCCCCUGCGUCGGCGCCACCCUCCCCUGCGUCGGCGCCACCCUCUCCUGCGUCGGCGCCACUCUCCCCUGCGUCGGCGCCACCCUCCCCUGCGUCGGCGCCACCCUCUCCUGCGUUGGCGCCACCCUCUCCUGCGUCGGCGCCACCCUCUCCUGCGUCGGCGCCACUCUCCCCUGCGUCGGCGCCACCCUCUCCUGCGUCGGCGCCACCCUCCCCUGCGUCGGCGCCACCCUCCCCUGCGUCGGCGCCACCUUCCCCUGCGUCGGCGCCACCCUCUCCUGCGUCGGCGCCACCUUCCCCUGCGUCAGCAGGUUGCCAGGACGGCUGGGCAGCCUUCGGUGAGCACUGCUACCUCUUCUCCAAUGAGGUACAGACCUACGACAGCGCCAGGAGCAAGUGUCAGUCUACAGGCGGCGACCUCGUCUCUAUACACUCGUCUACAGAGAACGUUUUCCUACUUUCUUUGCUUGACCCUGAUGACUACACUGGAACCUGGAUUGGUAUGUUGGAUGAUGGUCACCCGGGCUCCCUCGCUUGGUCAGACGGGACCGCCACCGUCUUCACCAGCUGGGAGACAUUAGAGACCUACCGCUCGAGCACCCAGCCAUCCUGUGUUGGAUUCUCCCGCGGUGCCUCUGGCAGGGCCGCCCGCUGGAGCCUCCAUGCGUGUCACGCGCACAUGCACUUCGUCUGCAAAAGGCCUCAACAGGCAUGGGCCCCGGACACGCCCAAGGAAGGCUGCGCACAGUGUUCCUCCCGUAGAAAACGCUCCAGUGGCCUGGAACUCUCGCGGGAAACACCCGCUCCUUCGUUUUCAUCUCCCUUCCAUUCACGCUUCUCCACACCCUUCAAACGAGGUGGAAGCCCACACUACCAACUCCCAGUGUUGCACACCUCCCAUGGUAACACGUUCGGGCAGUCUCCACGAAAUUAUCCCAAAAUAUUACUACCUCACAGAUUCGGAGACCAUAUGCAUAAUAACAAUGGUAACCAAUUUUCCCAGCCUCAGCCAAACAUACCACAACCCCAUCCACUGCAGUCGGUUGGCACCUCGUUACAUUAUCAGUCUUCUGAAGCUGCUCCACAGAGGAGCAACGUGGCCCGUGGUAGUACGGCUCAGGCUACGACACCGCCCUUGGCAGCAGCUUCAAGUGAAAGUAUUCCAGCUUCGUCCAGAACUGAUUCAAGCUCCAGCACAACAGUAGAUAGCAUGGGCCAAGAUACCCUGACGCCGACGCUGGCUCCGGAAGCAGGUCAAACAAUCCUGACACCAACGCUGCCUCCGGACACAACGGGCUGCGAGUUGGGUGACGAGACCUUCAGUGGUUCCUGCUAUAGUUUCUCCGGUUCCGCUCUGUCCUGGAGGGACGCCCAGGCGGAUUGUCGGACACGGAACGCACACCUCAUCGUUUUUAAUGAUGGAUUAGAAUCAGCGUUCAUCUCCCCGUUGCUAAGAGACCUAGGAGAUCGGAGCUGGAUUGGACUGUCCGUUACAAAUAAUGAGGUUUUCUCCUGGGUGAACGGGGCUCCUACUGACUUUAGCAACUGGGACACGCUCCAGCCAGCACUUCGCCGGGGGUCCUGCGUGACGGUCUCGGGGGCGGAGCACAACCCGGGCCGAUGGGCAAUGAAGAACUGUCACCACAAGCUGAAGUAUAUCUGCGAGUAUGACAGGGAAGGUGACUUCACACUCGCCAAGAUCACGACUGUUAACUGUGACGAAGGUUGGCACACCGUAGGGGAUCGCUGCCUCAAGCUGUUUCCGACGCCGAGGCCGUGGCGUGGAGCCGUGGAGAUGUGCUACGCCACAGGCGGACAACUGGCUAGUCAACGAGACGCCCUCCGCCAGAUCAUGCCGAAACUUCUCGGAUUCACCCACGUCAUAAGCCGCAACUCAACAGUCUGGGUCGGAUUAAAAAUAGACCUUAGCAUGGACCAAAGGCAGAGAUACAGCUACUACAAUCCUGAUGGGCUGAGUGACUUCAGAGGGCCCUGCGUCUCAGCAGAAAUGACUAGGUUCAAGUUAUCUUUUGUAGUCUGUGACGAGGAAUUACCAUUCGUGUGUGAGAAGAUACCAGGAACGGCUUCAGCAGUGCCUCCAACCCAGACGCUAGGCAAUAUGAGGAUUAAUGAUCAGGUAACACCCAAUACUGAUGAUCAGACCCCAGACAAUAUGUGUACUGAUGAUCCCUCUUGGUACCUGUUCGAGAAUUACUGCUACAAAUUCUUCUCCAAAUCCGAAGACCCCGAUACCUGGUGGGGGUCUCACAGAAGUUGCAGAGAUGAGAAAGCCGAGUUGGCUUCCAUUCAUAGCUCUGAGGAGAACAACUGGAUACUAUCAAAGGCAUUUCAGCUCUCCGAUGAAAUACUGUGGGUGGGAGGCCGAGCAGAGAUGGAUCAUGGAUACGAGUGGAUUGAUGGCACACCGUUUAACUUCGUGAAUUGGGCCACAGGAGAACCAAACAACUUCAUGUACCAAGAGGACUGUAUCAGCCUGCACAACCAUCAAAAUGGCUACUGGAAUGAUGCUAACUGUGGCAGGACAUAUGGCCGGGUGUGUAAGAGACUGCAGGGAGCCACUCAUCUCCCCAUCCUUAGCACUGAAGUCUCCAUCGGCCACUGUCCUAGCGGGUGGACCCACAUAGGCACCAAGUGUAUACAGAUAUUUACAGAGAAGAAGAAAUUCACCGAAGCUCUUGAAGCCUGCAGGGGCAUGGAUGUGGGAGUGGACCUAGCCAGCAUCCACUCAGUGGUAGAGCAAGCCUACCUGACAGUCGUCCUGGGAACAUUAGGCACGAACGUGUGGGUGGGGUUGAGGAACAUAAAGGGCUUCCAGUGGGCGGAUCAGACAGCCUUCACCUAUAGCAACUGGGGCCCCACCGAGCCCAAUGGAGCCAAAAUGUUGCGGCUUUUGAGACCAGGACAGAACCCAGAGGAUUGUGUGGAACUACAGACACACAAUCGAGCUGGCCUGUGGAAUGAUAUAGACUGCGACAUGGUGAGAGGAUACGUAUGCCAAAGACCAGUGGAUCCCGACCUGUCCUCCAGCUCCCCGCCUCCAGCAUGUGAGCCGCCCUUCAAUAAUUACAUCAGAUUCAAUGAUGCUUGCUACAGGCCUGACAGUAAUGCCAAGACGUGGCAGGAAGCCGAAGCAACUUGCAUUGGUGAGGGAGGUCAUUUAGCAUCUAUUCAUGACUUGUCAGAGAAUGUCAAGAUGUGGAUUUUGAUUCAAGAAAACGGGUUCAUAGAUGCUUGGAUUGGGUUGAAUAAUUUGCAGGAUGGACUAGUGUACAAGUGGUCUGAUGGAUGGCCACCAUUUUAUAGCAACUGGGACCAUGAAGAACCUAACAGCAGUCUCAGCAACCAUAACUGCACUAGAAUGAGGACUGAAAAUGGUCUGUGGUUUAAUGAAAGCUGUAAUAAGACCAGUCCUUUCAUCUGCAAAUUUAAAAAUGGAACUGUGCCAACCCCAGACCCUCCAACAACAGGUUAUUGCCCUGACAGCCGCUGGCUAGACUUUGGGGGUGGUUACUGCUACCUCAUCUCUACCCAAAGAAAACCUUGGAUGGAUGCAAAUAUGAACUGCAUUCAGGAGCAUGCUAACUUGGUAUCAGUCCACUCAGAAGCAGAAAUGGCCUUUCUCACUAAGGCAAUGCAUCACAGUACAGAGCCAGUAUGGAUUGGUCUAGUGCAAAAGAAGGAUGGCUAUGGCUGGAGUGAUAACACUGCACUAGACUUCAUCUAUUGGGAGAAUGGAGAACCAAACAGUGAAAAUGAACAGUGCACAGAGGCGUCUCCUGCGACGGGUCGAUGGAAUGAUAUUUCGUGUUCUAUUGCUCUAGCCUUCACCUGUAAAACCUUGAAAAUUCAACACAUUGUGUCUACUGAGCCUCCUCUGCCUACUGACCCUCCUCUGCCUACCGACCCAGCUGCUGUAAAUACCCAUCCUUCAGGCUUGAGAAGUGAUCCCCCAAGUGCUGGAAGUAUCACUGGUAUCAUCAUAGCCAUGCUGACUGUAGCAGCUGGUGUUGGGUAUGUUGGUUACAGCUAUGUGAGGAAGAAACGGAAGUCUGCAAGAGCCUGUUACAGUCGUGGCUUCGAGCUAUAAUGCUCUCAAUUCUGGAAGAGACCAUACUAUCAGAGUGCAGACAAGAGAUGAAUGCCACUAUAAAUCUGGAAAGCAGCUGUACUAGUGCAACUAUUUAAACAUUUGGCUGCCAGAUACAUCUAUCCUUCUAUCAGUCUCACUAUAUGCAAUACAAUAAGUAUCAAACCACAUACACACAUAUUUGAAACUGUUUUUUUUUCAAUCGAUACCUGUGAACUGAACAAGAUGUACCUAAAGAUUCUAUGCACAUCUGUAAUUUGGCUAAAAUAUAUCAACUAAGCACUGCAAAAGACAUUGAUAAAUAUAUAAGAUAAUAUAAAUGUCAUCAAAAGAUAAAUGUCAUCUUUAGUUUUAAGAGAAUAAUAUUUAGAUUUAAUUUACAAUGGAAGGUUGUCGGUAUCUGUUUGAUCAAAAUUAAGGCCUAUUGGAGAAAAUAAUCCAUAAUAUUGGGUUGAAUCAAACAAUUUGACAAGUCAAUAAUUUUUAUAUUAAUAAUCUUUAAAUACAAUCUUUUACUAAAUCUUAGAAAUUUACAAAUACAACCUACUUUUAAUAAACCUCAGAUAUUUGCCAAGACGUUUGUUAUGGCAGUAAAUGCCUGCAGUUUAUCACUAGGGAAAGUUAAUACAUAUUUGCAUAAAGAAUAUCAUAUUUUAUACUCUUAAUGAUGUGUGUAUUUACAGAUUUGUACCAAGCAAACAGUCUUCGUCUUUAAUGUAUCUAAAUGUUAUAUGUAGCCGGUUUGUAGAACAUAAUGUUUAUUUCAUCCUCCUUUGUUAGUUCUUGCCAAUUUAUCCAUAUUAGCAUGACUAUUAACCUGUUUUUAAGGUUGAACAAUCAAUAAUAAAUUUCUGAAACAUUUUUUAAACUA